AUGCCGUGCGGGCAGGGGCAGAGGCCGAGCGUGGGUCGAGCAGUUGGGCGAGUGGUGGUGCUGGCCGCCUUGGUGCUGGGCUUGUGCUGCCGGGCGGCGGGCGAGCGGAUCCGCUACGCCAUCCCCGAGGAGCUGGGCAGAGGCUCGCUGGUGGGGCCGCUGGCGAGGGACCUGGGGCUGAGCCCCGCCGAGCUGCCGGCACGCAAGCUGCGGGUGGUGUCUGCAGCUAAAAAGCAGCUGAAAUACUUCUCGGUGAGCGAGGAGAGCGGGGAGCUGUACGUGAGCGAGAGGCUGGACCGGGAGGAGAUGUGCGGCGAGGCGGCGUCCUGCUCCGUCAGCUUCGAGGCGCUGGUGGAGAACCCGCUCAACGUUUUCCACGUCCACGUCGACAUCCAGGAUGUCAACGACAAUUCCCCGCGGUUCCUGCGUGACAAUAUCCAGUUGGAGAUCAAUGAGUUGACUUCUCCUGGCGCUCGAUUUCACUUGGGCAUGGCUGAAGACCCGGACGUGGGCAGUAACUCGCUGCAGAGCUACGAGUUGGAGGCCAACAAGUACUUCGAGGUGGAGGGGAAGGAGAGGCAGGAUGGCAAGAAGUUCGCAGAACUGGUUCUGCGAAGAGCGCUGGACCGGGAGAGUGAGGAGAGCGUGCGGUUGGUGCUGACGGCGCUGGACGGCGGUGACCCGCCCCGCAGCGGCACCGCCCAGCUCUGCAUCAACGUCACUGACGCCAACGACAACCCACCCGUGUUCGCGCAGGACUGGUACCGGGUGAGCCUUCGGGAGGACGCUUUGCCGGGCUCGACGGUGUUGAACGUGUCGGCCUCGGACGCCGACGCAGGCACCAACGCGCGCAUCAGCUAUGGCUUCGGAGAAACUCCGGCGAGGGUGCUUGACAAGUUCGUGGUGGACGCAGAGAGCGGGAUCAUCACGCUAAAGGAGGCGCUGGACUAUGAGGACACGCGUGAUUUCAGCUUGGCUGUGGAAGCUAGGGACGGGGGCGGGUUGACAGCUCACUGCAAGGUGGACGUGGAAGUGUUGGACGUGAACGACAACGCUCCCGAAAUCACGAUCCUGUCGGUGUCGAGCCCCGUGCCCGAGGAUGCCCCAACAGGCACCGUGGUGGCCCUCCUGAACGUCAACGACGCGGACUCCGGGGAGAACGGCGAUGUGCGGUGCGAGCUGUCGGGCGAGGCACCGCUGUCGCUGGUGGCCUCGUCGGGCGGGUCGUACAAGGUGUUGACGGCGAGCGCGCUGGACCGCGAGCAGGCGUCGGAGCACCGCGUGAGGGUGGUGGCGAGGGACCGGGGCAGCCCGUCGCUGUGGAGCAGCGCGGAGCUGGUGCUGGAGGUGUCGGACGUGAACGACAACGCGCCGGUGUUCGAGGAGGCGGCGUACAGCGCGUACGUGGCGGAGAACAAUGCGGCGGGCGCGGCGGUGGUGCGCGUGGUUGCGCGGGACGCGGACGCGGGCGCCAACGGGCGCGUCAGCUACUGGCUGGCGGGCGGCAGCGCGGGCGCGGCGCCGUACGUGUCGGUGGAGGCGCGGAGCGGCGCGGUGUACGCGCAGCGCUCCUUCGACUACGAGCAGUGCCGCGAGUUCACGGUGGCGGUGCGGGCGCAGGACGGCGGGGCGCCGGCGCGGAGCUCCACGGCGACGGUGCGCGUCUUCGUGCUGGACCGCAACGACAACGCGCCGCGGGUGCUGUGGCCGCCGGCAGGGACCCCCGUCGGGGCGGAGGCUUCCUCCUCCUCGUCUUUGUCGUCGUCGUUGGCGUUCGAGGUGGUGCCGCGUUCGGCCGAGGCCGGGUACCUGGUGGGCAAGGUGGUGGCGGUGGACGCGGACGCGGGGCGCAACGCGUGGCUGUCGUACGAGCUGGUGCAGGCGGCGGAGCCGGCGCUGUUCCGCGUGGGGCUGCACAGCGGCGAGGUGCGGACGGCGCGGACCGUGUCGGAGAGGGACGCGGCGAAGCAGCGGGUGGUGGCCGUGGUGAAGGACCACGGGCAGCCGGCGCUGUCGGCCACGGCCACGCUGCACGUGGUGCUGGCCGAGAGCUUGCAGGAGGCGCUGCCGGAGCUGAGCGAGCGGGCGGCGGGCGCCGACUCGCCGGCCGAGCUGCAGUUCUACCUGGUGCUGGCGCUGGCGCUGCUCUCCGCCCUCUUCCUGCUGAGCGUGGCGCUGGCCGUGCUGGCGCGGCUGCGCCGGGCCGGGCCGCCCGCCGUCCUGCGCUGCCUGGCCGCGCAGCGCUUCUCCGGGCCCGGCGCCGCCUUCCCGGCCGACUUCUGCGAGGGCACCUUGCCCUACUCCUACAACCUCUGCGUGGCGCCGGGACGCGCCCUGCCCGAGCCCGCUUGGCCGCCUCCGCCCGUGCCCAGCCUGCCCGCCGAGGAGCUGCUCGCCGGGGAGCCCUGCGGGGAGCGGAGCCCGAGCCACAGCGCCGGACCGGCACAGCCGCCCGCCCGCCCCGACGCACCGCAGGUCUGUAAGCCCAAGCGCUACCGCUCUGCUCCUUCACUCUGCUUCUUUACCCAGUCUUUGCUGUCGGUGGCUCUUGCUUUGUGGUUUUCGGGAUUGUGCUUUCUCAUCGUCGAUGAAAAACAUGCUGUUGAUUAUUAUCAUAAAAGCAGAGAAGUCACGACGAAAGGAAUUUUCUUUUUCCAUGGGCAUUCAGAGUUGAUUUUCCCUGCGCGGAAUGCUAUCUAUUCCCGCGAGCUGCCGGUGGCAGCGGAGGUUCGGGCAGCGCUGGGUGGGUGCAGUGCCGGGAGGAGGCUGCGGGUGCCGCUGCUGACCGAGGAGGAGCGAGAGGAAGGCCGGAGCGGUGCAGCAGCCCCGCCCGCUGCGGCCCGGCUCCAUCGCUGGCUGGCUGGCUGGCUCGGCGGCCGGGCGGUCUGCGAGCGUCCCCCGGUGCGGAGCCGUGCUGCAGCGAGGCGGAGGGGAGCGGAGAGGAGCCCGGAGCGGGAGCCGGAGCCGGAUCGUCGGCGUUGUUAUCAGCGGCGGAGGUGCGUGGAAUGGCGGGGAGGCGUUGGGGCCGGCGGGAGCGAGCCCUGCUGUGGGGCGUGCUGGUGGCGGCGUGGGAGGCGGCGUGGGGACAGCUGCACUACUCGGUUCCCGAGGAGCUGCCCAAGGGCUCGUUCGUGGGCGACGUGGCCAAGGACUUGGCACUGGACCUGA